AUGGGUGGUAUUUUGUUACGGAGAAACCAGCUGCUCCUUUACACAAAGUGGUACAAGAAGCAGCGCAACUCGAAAGAUGGGCUUCGCGAGCUACGGAGUUCUCUGAGGGAUCAGACCUGGGUCCUUUGGCCGAAAGAGGACAGCGAGUCCCAGCAAUGGAAGCUACGGAGGAGCUGGCGAUUCCGAAGGAGGCGCAGGACUCGGGACUGGCACCCGACCUGGCGGUUUCACGCCAAACCCCCGUCAUUGGAGCAAAUCUCGGAGUUUCUCGAGGCGAAGUACAUUGAAAAGCAGGAGCUCGUGGACUUGACUCUCCACUUGAGGCUCAAUCGCCACAUCACGAGCCACAUUCUGGCAUUGCUUGUCCGGCGCUUCGGACGCAUGCAGCUUUGGCAGACGGCCUUUGCUUUGCUCUUCGAAUUUCAGCGGACUUUGCUGGAAGUUGACUCGGGGCCUUAUGUGGCGGCCGCGGAUGCAUGCCGCAGCACUGGGCGGUGGGACGGUGCCCUCUGUGUCCUGUCCCGCGCACGGCAGGACGGGCUGCCGCUGAUCGUCAAUGUGAGCAAUGCCGUCGGCUCCGCUGUUUUUCGGUGUGAAGCUGAGGGCUGGCCUCGGGUUCUCGAGCUGCUAGGGGAUAUGCUUUCGAGCUCAAGGGAGCUCGGGGCUCUGGUGCCUGACCAGAUCAGCUUCGCGGUUGCCAUUACGGCGUGCAGCCGCACCCUCCAGUGGCGAGAAGCACUCAAAGUGGUGCGGCUUAUGCGAUGCUGGAAGCUUUUCCCAGAGUCUGGGCCUUUGUCGGCUGCAGCGGCCGUGUGCAACCGUGCAGCAGCAGGGGCCGGAGCCUGGUGUUGGUCGCUGCAAGUCUGCAACUGGCUUGCUCAGGAGAGGCUCCUGCCAAGCUUAUCUUUACAGAACUGCGCCAUAGCAGCGGCAAGCCGUGGUGCGAAGCAAAGCGGUAAUUGGGCUUUGGCAGUCCAGCAGUUGGACUGUCUCCGAGAGUCUCGGCUACAAGCCGAUCGCGUGUCUCUGUCAGCUGUCUUCGCCGCAUGCCAGCGGGCUGCGGCCGCAGAGCCGGCGCUUCGGAUGCUCUCGAAGCUUCCCGGUCAGCGUGUCCGUGCAUGCGCGAUCUCGCACGCCAGCGUCAUCAUGACCUGCGCAGCCAAGCGGAAGUGGCAGGAAGGGGCGGCCCUGCUGCCAUUCUUGAAAAAGAGCUUCGACACGAAGCCGAAGUUUCUUCGGUCCAUGGUCAAGGCAGCCUACUGGAGAGAGUCGCUGCAUGUGCUCCGGCAGGGAUCCAAGCUCCGAAGAUCGGAGCUCCUACCGGCGCUCGAGGCUUUUAGCCACUCUCGUGCUCCUGCGAGCCAGGACAGGGCCUGCGAGGUCCUUCGGGAAGCCCGGACACGCGGCUGGGAAGUUACGGUGCAGGAGCAGGCAGUGGCCCUCCAGUGCUCGAGCUCAACAUGGGAGGAGGCACUCUCGCUGUACGAGGCAUCUGGGAGGCCUGGCCAUGCCUUGGGCGACGAGAAGUCGGACACCUCGACGCUGUGGCCUGUCCUGGCCACCGGGUGCUGGCGAGUUGCGUGGUCUCUGGCCUUCGAAGGCCACGAUGGAGAUCCUCUUGGGAAGGUGGCUGCGGUCACUGCACCUGGCUCAGACUGGCAAGGCUCUUUGCACGUGCUGGCCGACCUGGACGACAAGGACCUCCUGACGCCUGCUCUCACUUCCUGCAGGCGGGCAUCCUACUGGCAGCAGGCAGUGGCCCUGAUGGCCUUUACAUGGCUCUGGCGAUUCAGGCCCGGCGCUGUCCGAGUUCACGCUGCGCUGCGAGCAUGUGCCGACCCAGGGCGCUCGAGGAGCACCUGCAUCAUGGCCCGUGUGUUGCUUGCCGCCUUGCUCCUAGUCCCAGCGGCGGCCUUUGUGGCACCUGGCAGCGGCGUCACCACUCCCAGCGGUAAGGCAGUGCAAGUGCCACUGGAGCCGCUUGAGCCAACUUUCGACGAUGCUCAGAGCUCCAACGUCCUGAGUGUUCUGACGGCAGGAUUCGGGGUUGGUGCAGUGCUCGGCUGGUUGAGUUCCAAAAAGCAGCAGCUUUGCUCGACCGCAGCAGCGGCAGCCGUGGCCGUCGCACCAGGUGCCGCGCAGGCGAUGGUGGACUAUGACGGUAUCAAGUACCUUAGAUGCAAUACUCAACCUUUAAACUUUUUGGGUUCUUAUAGUUUCGUAGGAAUCGGAAAGUUAAACCUUUUAUAUCUGUGA